CCCAAUAUAAACUAAGAAAAGAAAAAUGAAGUGUCUUAAGACACUUGCAUUUGCUUUUACUCUUUCUUUUGCUAUAUGCAUUCAAGCAUUUGAAUGUGAAUUAAAUCUCAAAGAUCCUUACAGGGUUGCAUUUACAAUCGUGGUGGAUCAAUCCGGCAAGGGCAACUUCAAAACCAUUCAAAGUGCUAUUGAUUCCAUUCCUUUCAAUAAUAAGAAGUGGAUUCGUAUCUCCAUUUUUGCCGGAAAAUAUUUAGAGCAAGUGACAAUCCCUCCGAACAAACCAUGCAUUUUUCUUGAGGGAGCUGGACCUCUGAAGACUGAUGUUGAAUGGAAUGCUCAUGCUAAUACUGAUACUAGUGCAACUUUCACUUCAUAUCCUGAAAACAUUGUUGCAAAAGGCAUUACAUUCAAGAAUACAUAUAAUAUACCGAGAGGCGACACUCCUAUGGUCCCUGCUUUAGCUGCAAGAAUAUAUGGGGAUAAAUCAGCUUUCUAUCACUGUGCUUUUGUUGGACUUCAAGACACCUUAUGGGACACAAUAGGGCGACAUUAUUACCACAAAUGUUAUAUCGAAGGUGCAAUAGACUUUAUUUGGGGUUCAGCACAGUCUAUCUACGAGGGCUGUGUAAUAAGUCUUAACGUAGGAACAUAUGCGAAAGAAAAGGCCUUUGGUGUCAUAACAGCACAGGGGAGGAAUUCGCCAAAUGAUCCUAGUGGCUUUGUGUUCAAAAACUGCAAAUUUGAGGGAGUUGGGAAAGCUAAUCUUGGGAGAGCUUAUGGAUUGUACUCUAGAGUGAUCAUAAACAAGUCCAACCUCACGGAUUUUGUAUUACCUGCAGGAUGGGAUGCUUGGCGUUAUACAAACGACGUAGAUAAGUUGACGUAUGUGGAGGCAGAUAACGUAGGAGCUGGGGCAAACACUGGAGCUCGAGUGAAAUGGAUGAAAAAACUUAGUGAUCAUGAUCUUCAAUCUUUUGUGGAUAAUUCUUACAUCGACAAGGAAGGAUGGAUUGCAAAAUUACCAAAGGUCUUUUGAAAAUGAUUCUUUAUUGCAACUGCACAACAAAAUGUAAUGAUGAUAUACAAAUAAUAUCUCAUGACAAUAUGGUCAUGUUCCUUUCAUUAAGAAUAAAAACAUAUAUAUACAGAGGUGAUGGUUUAGUCCUCAAACUUUGUUUUGUAACAAUUAAUUCUAAAACUUAUAUUGAUACCAUUUUGUUGAUGAUCGAGAAUGGAAUGAAUUCAAAGAGUUAUU